AUGUCAAAUCAACGCAAGACGUGCAAACCAAAGUCGUACCGUUGUGCAGAAUGUGCAAAAGGCUACACGACACCCGGAGGACUCACACAGCAUCGAACAAGGGGUCACGAGCUGCCUAUCGCCCUUCGGAAAAUGGCAGAACAGCAAUCUCAACAUCUUGACAUAACUCGCGUGACCACUGCGCAAGCUCAACUGCCCGAACCUCCUCCUCUCAGUCGUUCGCCCUCACUCGAGCCUCGAAUUCCGGAUGCACCAGGGACAACACCCCCUCCAAACCAUGUUGAGACCCACCCAAUUAUCGAUGGUACCCCCUGUGAUUCCGAGGGCUACGACUACGACAGACCACCCCAGGAUCUCCUUCAAGAUAGAAUUCUUGAGGAGAUCUGCUACCCAUUUCUAUCCCCCUCCGAAUUCCGCUUGGCUGAUUUUCUCACCGGAAAUAUCGACGAGCUCGUUAGCACCAUUUGA